AAUUGUAUUGCAUAUUGAUCAUCCGAAAUCUAAUUUGCCAAAAAUGAUUCUUUAUUCGAGUAUCUCAAACAUUUUGAAUAUUUCGAGUGGCGCGAAUGAGCGUAAAUAAAACGGAAGGAUCGGAAGGUCGUGCCAUUUAUACAUUUAUUGGUUACAAGUUAUAACUCGAUGAUUGGCUAUGAGGAUCGUAAGGACGAAUGGAUAAACAGCAAAUAGUGGUAAACAGUGGCAAAUAGUAGCAAACACGCACUAUAUGAGCCACGUUGUGUAUGUAUGAUUAUAUGCCAAUGUGCGCAAAGCCACCGCUUUCCGGGGCGGACUGAGGGCGUAUUGUAAUAUUGUAAUAUACUGUGAGAUACGCCUCGUCAUGCACUGACGUUGGAAAUAGUGGCGUGAUGCGAAGGCAUUCCAAUCGAUCGCAGUCGCAGCGGCAGUGGUUGCACUCGCACUUGGCAAGCACACUGCACGGCUAACACACAACGAGCAGUCAGUCAGUCACUCAUACGCGGCUCGAGCGGUGAUUCAGUGAGUCGUAUCGAGUCCUAUGCCGUAUGUUGGGCGACGUCAGACUUCAGAUUCAAACUAUAGAUAUAUCUCGAUAACGUGACACAUACCGUCGGCCUAUUAAGCGUCAGACACCGCGUGAGUCCGUCAAUCAGCGGAGCCUCCUCCUUGAUACUCCUCGACUAAUCGCUCAACGUACUUUGAUCACCGUGAGACAAUCCAUUCUCUUUGUCGGCUGUACCGCUCUCGUUCGGUUCGAUAAUUGUCCACGUUCGGAUCAUUUCUGGUCUCUAUUGAGAUUUUGUGGCAAGAGUGAGCUAAAACGCGGGAAUCCAACUCAACGACGCUCAACGACGCCUGUGAAGGCCAAAGAGAUGUUAUCGAAAUGGAGUUGGAUUGUUUUUAAUCUUAUUGUUUAUGUAACUACUGUCCCACAUGGAGAAACUCUCUUGGAGGAUGAAGCUAAAGCUUUCUUCGAAUUAAUCGAAUUAGAUUAUGAAGAUGUAUGUUACAACAAUGCCAAUGUUCAGUGGUCAUUUAUCUUGUCACCUUCCAAUAAAACAUUGUCAAUAUGGGAGAUACAGCAAUAUAAUUAUACAGAAUUUACGAAAACGCAAAAAAAUGAAAUAAUCGAUCAAAUAAAUAAUACAAAAGAACUGAAAUCAUCUCUUCAAUAUAAAUAUGGCAUGAUUGAAAAACCUGGUGACACAUUAUUAAAAAACGAAGAUUGGGGGAAGUUUAUUCAUUUCGUUGGCAUCGUGGAAUUGCAACGAUCAAUUAUCAAUUAUAUUAAUAAAUCACAAAACUAUUCACGAGAAGGUGUGGAAUAUUUGCUCUCUCAUAGUAGAAAACUAGAAGAUAAACAAACUGCUUGGAACGCUUGGUAUCGCCAAUUUAUACCAUUAGUGACAAAUUAUUCAAACAAUUUGCUACUCGUUGCUGAAGCUGCAAAACAAAACGGUAUAAAAAAUGUUGAGGAAUAUUGGGAAAUGCUGUCAGGAUACUCUGGCGGAUACGACAAAAUAAAUAGUGAGUGGAGUCGGAUUAAUAAUCUUCACAAGAAGAUUGUAAAAUUUGUCGGUACAAACUUGGCUCGAAAGUACAAUGUUACUAUAAAUGAUACACUUCCAGCUUAUUUACUCGAUAGUUUACAAGGAUAUGAUUGGGCAGAUGUAUCAUCAGAUGCGUUACCCUACUCAGAAUUAAUCUAUGAUCUCAAAAAAAAUCUCUGGAAAAAGAAAUAUGUAGGAAAAUCCCUGUACAAGACUGCAUCCAGUUUGGGUUCAUUACUAUUGAAACAAGUUCCGCAAGCAGAAUUUUGGGAUAAGAGUGAAUUUAAUCAACAGUGUCCAUCUAGAUUGUUAAACUUUUGUCGUGAUGGUACAAUGAGAGUUUCUACUUGUUCCAAAGCCACAAUAAGCAAUUUCUUGGUAGCACAUGAAGAUGUUGGUAAAGUACUAUUUAAUCAAAUGACUGUAGAAAACACUCCAGUUCUCAAUACAGUGAACAGAUAUUCUGGAUUGGAAGAAAGUAUAUCAACACUAUUUGGAAUAUUAUCGGCAAGUCCUGCAUGGCUCAAUCAUACUCAUUUAAUGAAUAAUAUUAAGGAUGAUCAACAACGAAUGAUUGUAUCUUUAAUGAUAACUGCCUUGAAUAUAUUUCCACGAUUAGCAUAUUAUUACUCUGCUGAUUUAUGGAGAUUAAAUGCAAUUCGACAAAAUAUUACAAAUCCAGCAGACUUGAUAACAUCUUGGUGGAAUUACAGGCAAGAAUAUGAAGGUAUCUCUUCUAUUGAUAUGGAUUACCCUACCUUCAUAGACGAUAGUCAUAUUGUUAGAAAUAAACCAUAUCUUUCCAAAAUUCUUGGCAUAAUGCUAUCUUUUCAAUUAUAUGAAUAUAACAUGGAUUCGACAGAAAUUAGAUAUAAUUUUGAUGGAAAAUUAAUGAAUAACAAUAUAAUAAAAAUGAUUCAACAUAGUGGAGCCUGCGAGUGGCAAGAUGUUCUAAAUAAAUUCGUUGAUAUAGACGAUAUAUCUGCGGAUGCACUUAUUCAAUAUUUCACACCGCUAGAAGAAUUUAUUGAAGAAAAUGAGGAAAACUUCGAAUACAAAUCUGGAGCAUUAGCGGAGAAAGAACUUGAAGAAUUGGAGAAACAUACCUUGCGAGAGAUCAACACUCCUACUACAACGCCUCCGAGUCCUACUUCCACACACAGGAUAAUAACAAAAGCAUCAUACAAGCUAACAAGUAACACGAAAAAUAUGCAAUCAGAAGUAGAAAAAUCUUUAGAAUCUAAAUCAUCCAUAUACACGGAAGAUAAGCUGAAAAAUUCUGAGUCUGAUUUAACGACUCCAGUCUCUUUUAACGAAUCCUCAUCAUCGAUGCCCGAUAUUUCGAACGACACAAAAAAUAGCACACCAAAGAUUAGUAUCAGUAAAGCGGUAUGGGCCGUAAGUGCAAUUCUCAUUGCGAUAAUAGUCAUCUGUAUCAUUGCGAUUUUCGGAAGACGAAGAUGUCGUAAAACGCCAAAAAAUAGACGGUACGUUUAGCAGUAUACAUUUUUGUUAAUAAACAUAUUUAUUUUUCGCAUUUAGGCAUUAAGAGAAUUUGAUCAUGUAACUUAUUAUCAUAACAAUUCCUCUGAGAAUUAUUUUCUAAUCGUUCUUUAGUAUUCGAAGUAUUCGACAUCAUGCAUUCCUUGUUAAUUGUAAUGCGUUCCUUGUAUUUUUUUUUAACAUCACUAACAAUCAACCUCAAUCAAGCUCAAUCACAUUUGCCUUGUACGUCUACCUCCAAAUCUCAUUCAAGAAAAGCUUUUAGCUAUUCCUUUAAUGUUAUAAAAGUUUUGACAUUAUAUAUAUAGCUAUAUUUCUUGAUGGGGGGAUUUAUCAAUUAUCCUAUUCUAGAGUAAUUAUACAAUAAUAAUUUAUAUGAAUAAUGUUGGGCACAAAGAAUCCUAAAAAAUGCGAUUGCAAAUUUUGCAUACUUAUUAUAUAAUAACUUUAAUAUGUACACAAAAUAUGAUUGUGUACAUACAUAUAUAUUGUAUAACAUAUACGUGUGUGUGCGUCGUGCGUGCGUGCUUGCGUGCGUGUGUUUACCGAUUUAUAAUGCCAAAUGACCUCAAUGAUUUAUUGCUCUCGUCAUGUAACACAUUAAGAGAAUUAUGUAUGUUGUAUAUAAUCGAUACGUACAAAGAGACAAUUAAAAAAAGAGUGUAGAUAAUUAAGGCUAUAAAGCUUAUAAUGAUAAUCAUUAUGUAAAGUUUAAUAUUUCAGCGUACUUAGCGUAAGUAGACUAUUUUUCUAUAAAUAUUUAGUAUUGUGCUUGUGCGUCGUUACAUAUCAUCGUGAGAAAUUUCUAUUUUUUUAUAAAGGUAUCGUUGUACACGUUUGUUCAACAAAAUAAUAAGAUAUUCCAUAGUAGUCAUAAAAAAUGAUUGAUAAUGUGAUUUUAAAAAAAUCGCAUGAUUUUGCUUAGAAUUUCUUAAAACUGUGGAUUUUCGUACUAUUACUAUAAAAUUAGUAGUAGUACAGCAUGAAACACUGUAUCUGUUAAUUAAAUAAACAUUUCAUUAGCAAAAUAAAA